AUGGAGUAUACUCCUGAUAUAUCCUGUGACUCGCAAACGCAUAUUGCUAACUUCUGGGAAAUGGCAAAGCAGGAGGCAGAAGGGCUAAAACCUGAGCAGAAUUCUUUCAAAACUCAGGAUCUUCCCCUUGCUCGUAUAAAGAAAAUAAUGAAACUUGAUGAUGAUGUCAAAACUAUGAUGAUCAGUGCUGAAGCUCCAAUACUAUUCGCUAAAGCUGCUGAGCUUUUUAUUCGUGAACUAACAUUGAGGGCUUGGUUGCAUACUGACCGUAACCGUCGAAGAACUCUGCAGCGAAAUGAUAUAUCUAUGGCUGUUUCCUAUGGAGAUACAGACCAGUUCGAUUUCCUCAUCGAUAUUGUGCCGCGAGACGAGGGGCGUGGACAUCGGAGGUCACAGCAGCAGCACACUCAAUCAGCAUUGCAGCACAUGGCGGGUUCGUCGCUGGUCCAGCAGACACAGGUGCAGGUGGUUCAGCAGCAACAGGCUGGUGGUGACGACGUUUCUAUAAAGACAGAGACUGCAGGACCCACGACAGCCACCUUGGUGGCUGGCGCCGACGGUACAUUGACUACAGUUGCGGCUGGUCAACCAACCGUACAGUUUGCCACUGUGCCAGCAGCUGCCGCGACCACUUCGGGUCAGCAGAUCCAAUAUGUUAUUCAGCUACCUGCCACUAGUUCCGCCUCUAAUGGACAGCCCUUCCAGAUACAGAUGCUUCCUCAGCAAUUUCAGACAGCGAGCACUGACGCGGUGGCGACAGCACAGGUGGGUGGAACGCUGAUCGCAACCGGCGGCGUGGCAGGUACGGCAGCGACGACGGGUGGGCUGCAACUUGUGCACGUGGUGAACCCGCAGACUUCCGUGCAGCAUCCCACACCUUCAACUACUACCGCAACUGGUGCCCCUGCGGGUGCCUCUACUGAUGCCACAAACAAGCUUCAAACCGUCCACGUUCAGCUGUCGGAUCUCACCUCGGGAGCACAAACCCUACUAGUGCAGCCCUCUGGCACGGUAGUUGUUGCGUCAUCCGCCGGAUCGACUGACGAGGCUGCUUCUGCUAGUACACAGCCCUCCACUACUCUGGUCUCAGUGGAUGGUGGAGAGACCUAUACCACAGCGCAAGUGUUCUCCACCACGUCCUCAGCUGCUGAUGUCCAGACCAGCGCCUCAUCAGAGGAGCGUAUCAUUCAGCCCACUACCACCUCGACUUUGGAGCAUGUUGAGGCUCCACAAAAGCUAGAAGAACCUUCGACCGAUGCCUAA